AUGUUCCAUGGAUUGCCAAGUGAAGACCCCAUUGACCACCUUGAUGAGUUUGAUAGGCUUUGUGAUUUGACAAAGAUCAAUGGUGUCUCUGAAGAUGCCAUCAAGCUGAGACUCUUUCCUAUGUCUCUAGCUGACAAAGCUCACCAAUGGGAGAAGAGCUUGCCCCAUGGCACAAUCACCACUUGGGAUGAAUGCAAGAAGGCCUUUCUUGCUAAGUUUUUCUCCACCGGUCGCACAGCCAAGCUUAGAGGAGAGAUAUCCAGCUUCAUCCAGCGAAACAAUGAGACAUUCGCAGAGGCUUGGGAGAGGUUCAAAGGCUACACAAGUCAGUGCCCACACCAUGGAUUCAACAAUGAAUCACUACUCUCCACUCUUUAUAGAGGAUGCUUGCCUAGGUAUAGGGAGAUGCUAGACACAGCUAGCAAUGGGAACUUCCUCAACCAGGAUGUAGAUGAUGGCUGGCAACUUGUGGAGAACAUAGCUAACUCAAAUGGAAGCUAUGGAGAAGAGUAUGAUCGCACCAACCGGAGCUCGACCCACCACUCGAUCGAGUCAGACGAAAAGUUGAGAAAAGAUGUUAAGGCAUUGAAUGAGAAGUUGGAUAAGCUGAUCCUAGCUCAGUCCACAAUGAAGAAAGUCAACUUUGUGUCUGCUGAGGAGAUGGAACCAGUCCAAGAAGGGGAGGAUACACAAUUUGCUGAGGUGUGCUACAUGAGCAAUGGGCAAGGAGGUUACAACAAAGGAUACUAUAAUUACAAGUCCAACCCUGCCAUGUCAUACCGCAACACUGAUGUUGCUAACCCUCAGGACCAAGUCUAUCCUCAACAACAAGCAGCUCGAUCGAGUCAAGGCCACAACAUGGGUAUGGUCAAAAGAACAAUUACCAAGGACCACAAGGCACUUUCCCUGGACAACAAAUGA